UUCAAAUCUGUUUAUUUUUAGAACUUUUAUUUAUUAAAAUGGAGGAAAUGUUUUCAACUUCGUUGUGUGAAGCAGAGUUUGCUCGAGUUGGACUUAAGUUCUGGAUUGGUGAUGAUGAUGAACCUCUAAAGCUGGAUAUCCAUACUGCAGCUAGUGUUGGCGAUAUAGAGUACAUAAACAGUUUACCUAAGAGUACAUAUGAUAUGUACAACUAUGCUAGAUGGACGCCACUUAUGUACUCAUGCUACUUGGGCCACAGGAGGCUUCUAAUUUUCUUACUCGAACAGGGUUGUGAUAUCUGUAAAUCUAAUAUAGAAGGAAGAACACCUCUUAUGCUUGCUGGUAUGUGUGGAAAUCUUGAAAUGGUGAAGGAUAUUCUAAUUUGGAGAAAUGAACGAGUGGAAGUCAGGGAUAAAACAGAUAAAAGGAACUUUAGUGCUCUUUCUCAUGCAGUACACGGUGGGCAUAUUGAUGUAGUUGAAUAUCUUCUGGAGCAGGGGGCUUCACCAAACAUUACAGAACAUGAGAAGGGAUAUAGUUUAGUAAUGAUGGCUGCAGUAAGUGGAAACUAUGAUAUUACAGAAAUAUUGUUGGAGCACAAAGCAGAUCUUGGAUACGAAAAUGCAAUAGGGGACACAGCUCUGUCAGUAGCAUUAGCCUACGGGCACAGUAAUAUUGCAAGACUCAUCAGGAAACAUCUAUCUGGACGAGGAACCAGAAGUGUGCUAGAUGGGCCUGCUAGAGCAGACCAACUUAUGCAAGAAAAGCUUCUUCUUAGGACUGGAAACAGCUCACACAUUUUACAGUUAGGAGCUGCAUCAGAUCUCUUGUACGCUCAGCAACAGAUUGAUGGAGAAACAACCCAAAUGAAUACAGAUGUUUUCCUGAAGAACUUGGGCCUGGAAAAAUAUUCGCAAAUAUUUCGGGAGCAAGAAGUAGAUUUCCAAUUACUUCUUACUUUAACUGACAAUGAUUUGAAGCAGAUCGGAGUUUCUUUAUUAGGCCCUAGAAGGAAGAUAACCACAGCUAUAACAAGAUGGAACAAGGAUGCAGGGAAAAUUAUAUCAUGACACCAUCUCAUAAAAAAGUUGAUUCUGUGUUAAUAAAAGCUUUCUUUUAACGAA